AUGGCUGACAAUUUCUCUAGCGAACAAAUCGAAGAUUUUAAAGAAGUUUUCUACAUGUAUGACAAGGAUGGAAGUGGAUCAAUAUCGGCAAAAGAGUUUGGUAAAGUUAUGCGAGCUUUAGGACAAAACCCCACCGAAGCCGAAUUGAAUGCAAUGAUUUAUGAUGGAGACUCGGAUGGGAACAGAUCGAUCGAUUUUGAAGAAUUUCUUGGAAUGAUGGCUGAAAAGAUGAAAAAUCCGAUUAUGGAUUCGGAUGUUCGAGCGGCUUUUCAAGUAUUCGAUAAAGAUGGAAAUGGUUUUAUAUCGGCGAAAGAGUUGCGACAUGUGAUGACGAGUUUGGGUGAGGCGUUGACAGAAGAAGAGGUGGAUGAAAUGAUCGAUGAAGCGGAUGUGAAUGGAGAUGGACAAGUGAACUAUGAAGAAUUUGUGGCCAUGAUGAGUAAGCAA